UCUGGCAACCCCACCAGCGAGUGAGCACUGUGUGACACUGUGGCGCACGUUGCGCUGCACCAUGCGCUGCCGGGAUGCUGGGACGGAAGAGAGAAGACCUAGCCUCGAAGGGUGGCACCAAGAAGCGGAAGAAGUGGCAGGAAGAGUCCGACGAGGACGAUGAGCCUGAAGCGGCCUCCGUGACAGUAGAGGAGAUGGAAGAGUGGAAGGCAAAGAUGGCAGAAGAAGAGAAGCAAGAAGAGCGUGAGCGAGAAAAACUUGAACGCGAAGCACGAAAGGAGGCCGAGCGGCAAGAGCGAGAACGCCAGAAGCGCAUGGAGGAGGAAGAGCGGGAAAGGAGGGAGCUUGAAGAGCAACUUGAGCGUGAGGAACGGGAGCGGCAAAACGCCCGGCGAGAAGCAGCGGAGAAAGCUGCGCAAGAGAUGAAGAGGGCGUGGGAUCAGCCACCAGCGGAGGCUUCUCCCUCGCCGGUGCGUGUCCCGCGGGUGGUGGCGCCCGUACCACCCGUGCCCGUGGUGGUCACACCACCUGCACCUGUGAUGACUCCCUUGAUGCAGGCUCAAGCUGCGGGUGCCAACAUUGCCGCAGCGCUGAUGGCCUCACAUCCUGCACCAGGAGGUGAGGAGAGCGAUGUGACCAUCCAUGUCCAGGUUCCAGCGCAGCGUGUCAAAGAUCUCCUGGGCGUUCAGGGAAGGAACAUCAAGGCCAUCAAAUCCCAGACGGGCGUUCUGAAGGUGGGUGUCUUGGACCGCAACGACCCCGCCAACGUGGAGAUCGUGGGCACCGCUAAAGCCGUGGAGCACUGUCGCUCCCUGGUGAAGUCAGUGGUUGAAGGGGACCUCACAGCCAUCGGCAACAUCUCUGAGAUGAUGGAUAUUGAUGCGCGCCUGGUCUCUAGACUCAUUGGGCCAAAAGGUCAGCACAUCUCUAGCAUGAAGGAUCAGAGCGGCGCCUAUCUGGCCGUGAAGGAAGUAUCUCCGGGUGUCAACAAGGUGGUGAUCACUGGAUUCCCCGACUGUGUCGCCAGAGGCCGCGAGCUGGUCGUGAACUUUCUGAACCAGGACCACUCGAUGCCCAUGCCAGGUCCUCAUGCAUUCCCACCUCACAUGCCACCAAAUGGGAUGCACCCUUGUGGCUGUGGGCACCAGGCUGAAGAUGGGAUGCUUGGCCGACCGCCAGCCCCAGUACCGAAUUCGGCCGGCUGGGGUCCAGGCAAGGGCUUCGCCAAGGGCCCAAAUGCGUCUCAAGGUUGGCAAAACGAGUGGCCUGAAGGUCAGUGGCAAGGAGAUUGGCCCUCACCCGCAUGGCCUGAUCAAGCCUGGGGUAAAGGCAAAGGCAACUGGACCCCAAUGGGUAACCCGAGCGACUUCGGCAAAGGAGCCGUGCCAGAGCGUCCGGAGCAACGAUGGGACUGGAACAAUGAGGCUGGCUACGAUGGAUGGGCCGCUGGUGGAGAUGCUGGCGCAAAUGUGCCAAGCCCGCCAACGCAAGCCCCGAUGAUGCAAGCCCCGGCGAUGCAAGCCCCAACCCUUGGAGGCUUUGCAGGGGCCUCCCGAGCAUGCGGCGUCGCUGAUGCCUCUUGGGAUGAGCAUCAACAAGGUUGGUCGCAAGAGUGGGAUCCUUCUUGGCAGCAAAGGUGGCAGGGCUGUGGUUCAUUUGGUGGCUGUCCUUGCCAAGGAUCGCCUCAGAACGGACCGGGCCAGGCCUGGGCUGCUUGAGCGCCUCGGUGAGCGCAGCAGCGGUGCUUCUGCUUCGCUACAGCUGAUUGCAGCUGUGCCUGGCGGGGAAAAAGAAGUCUCUGUGUGGAGCAUG